AGUCGCCGGUAGGGUUCGGUGUGGCGAGGGGGACCUGCUUCUCUCUUUGUGAGAACAAGGGAGUGAGGGAGGAAGGAGGCUGAGGAGGAGGCCAGGACUGAGCAAGGACUAAAGUAAGACUGAAAGGGGAGGUGAGGGGUGGACUGGUUGGUGGCAGCAGCCUGUACCGGAAGUGGCGGUGGCAGUCGAGGCGACGCACCGUGAGGCAGCUACUUGACUAGGCCACAGCCGCCAUGGCGAUGAAUUUCGGGGACCAUGCCAGCGGGUUCCGCCACAAUGAUGUGAUCAGGUUCGUCAACAAUGAAGUCCUCACGGACGGCAGCGGCCAAGCCUUUUACGUGGCCUUCCGCUCGCGGCCGUGGAACGAAGUAGAGGACCGGCUUCAGGCCAUUGUGGCCGACCCGCGGGUGCCCCGCGCCAUCAAGAGGGCCUGUACCUGCAGCGCUUUGGCUUUGAGUGUGCGAGUGGCCACGAGGCAGCGGGAGGAGCUGCUGUACCAUGUUCGGCGGCUGCAAAUGCAUGCGGAGGAGCGCCAGAUGACCUCCUGGGCUGUAACGUCCCAGCUGCAGCAGCUGCGCCUGGAGCAUGAGGUGGCGUCAACACAGCUGCACCUCGCGCAGGCUGCCCUGCAGCAGGCGCUGAAUGAGCGUGAUGGGCUGUACGGGAGGCUGCUCCAGAUCGAGAGGUUUCCCCAGGCCGCUCCACUGGCCCAUGAAAUAAUGUCUGGGCCGCAAGCAGAGCAGAAUGGAGCUGCGGCAUGUCCCCUGGCUACAGAGCAGCAGAGCGAUAUGGUGGCCAUGGGGACACAUGCUAAUGCCCAGAUGCCAACUCCGACAGAUGUUCCUUAUGUGCCAGAACCUCUGAGUCCUUGGGCCCAGGGCAUGCAACCCCCUCUGCCAGUGCCACAUCCAUUCCCACACCCACCACCAUUCCCAGUGAAAUUUCUAUUCUUGCCACCUCUACCACCUGCUGUAGUCAUGGGGGCAGAAGCAGCAGCAGGCCCACUUCAGAUGCCUCCUAUUGAGAUCCACCCACCUUGCCAGUGGCCUGCAGUGGGCUUCCAGGAGGAGAUGGCCCCUCUGUGGUACCAAAGAAGCUACAUCCAGGAGGAAGGUUCCAAAAUCCUUCAGGGGUCAUUCCCCUUAGGAGACAGCAGAAGCCACAGCCAGGAAGAAGGUUCAGAGAAGUCCCAAAGAAUGCCCCUCCCCUGGGACAGUGGGUGCCACAACCCGCUGUCAGAGAGUCCCCACGGGACAGCCCCACUGGGGAGCAGUGGAUGCCACUCCCAGGAAGAAGGUACGGAAGGACCCCAGGUGAUGGAUCCCCUGGGGAACAGAGAGAGCCAAAAUCAGAAAGAAGGUCCAAAGAGGGCCUGGAGGAUGCGCACCCUGGUGUUUCGCAGGAGCCGCAAACCAGAAGGUCCAGAGGGGCCCCAGGGGACUUUCCCCCAGGGAGACAGCAGAAGCUAUAGCCAGGAAGGAUGUUCAGAGAGGGCCCAGGAGAUGGCCACCCUGGUGUUUACCAGGAGGCACAAACCAGAAGGUCCAAAGAGGCCCCAGUGGACUGUCCCCCUGGGGGACAGCAGAAGUCAUAUCAAGGAAGAAGGCCCAGAGAGGCCCCAGGGGACUGUCCUCCAGGGAGACAGCAGAAGCUAUAGCCAGGAAGGAAGCCCAGAGAGGGCCCAGGGGAUGGCCACCCUGGUGCUUAGCAGGAGCUGCAAACCAGAAGAAGGUCCAGAGAGGCCCCAGCACACUCCCCUGGGGGACAGUAGGAGCCAUGGUGUCAGAGAAAGCCCAAAGAAAUGGCAACCUCAGAGGCAGAAGGCCAAGAAACCAAAAGUGAAUAAAGUCUCAGGAUCCCAGCAACAGGAGAAGCCUGCCUCAUUUCCAAUUGCAAUGAAUUGGAAAUGCCCAUGGUGUAAAGCCAUUAAUUUUUCAUGGCGUACGGCCUGCUAUAAAUGCAAGAAAGCCUGUGUGCCAUUUGAGAGUGGAGGACAAACGCAAUGAUUUCAGGAAGGUGAGAUUCUGUUUUUGUAUCUCAGCCCCACCAAACUUGCUUGUUGCUGAAGAAGCUGAACCUGUUCCAUUAGAAGAUCUUCCAAGGCCAAAAGAAAGUGAGACUGACUGCAGACUUACUGGCUGCAGCAGAGAGGAGUAAGAGGAAGUCAGAGAAGAAGAGAUGAUUUGACACUCAUCAGGGGGAAAAGGAAGAGCAGGAUUGUUUUGUUAGAAUUGAAUUUUUCCAUUGGGACAAGGAAUUAACUUGGAAGAGUUUGGGGGGUUGUCGUGUUCAAUUCUGUAGAUGGUAGCAACCUUGAUGAAUUUCAUUUAGUUUGUUAAGUAGUUAUUGUCUAAUAUGUGUUAGGAGCUAGACUUAUAGGUUAUUAUUUGGUGCACACAUCAUAAUCCUUGUUGCUGAGUUGGUUAGAAGAUAGGAGAGAGCAUAAUUUGGGAUACAAAUUAGAUCGGGGUAUCUUCUUUGCCUUGCAUGUAGUGUUGCCUUCGGUAAAACCAAUUUAAAUAACAUCUAGAUCCAUUUUUGCAGUUUUGUGGGCAAUGUGAAAGAGACUUGCAUGAAAGGUCUUGAGUAACCAAACUGCUAGUCUCAUUGGUUUGCAGGUGAGACAAAUAAGCAGUGGCAAAGUUCAGGAAAGUGGUCUUACAGAAGUGCAGGCAGGGCUUUUCUGAUUGUCUGCUGAUUUCCUCCUUUGAGAGGGACAGAUAUUUUCCUGGCUGCCAAUAAGCCUGUUUGAAAGACCACUGGGGUGUCUUGAAGAAAGACAGUGCUCUGAGGAGUAUUCACUACACACUCCAGCCCUCAGCCUCGGGCUGCCCUCAUUCCAAGUCCCUUUCUAGUCAAUAGGUGGAUGAAGAACAAAAUGGAUUUCAAGGACAGGCAGACAGACAUAAGGGCUGUGGGCUAUGGAUGGUGUUUCUCUUGGGAGGACUAAUUUGGUUAAAAAUAAAACUGGACUGGGGCGAGCACUCUUGGGAAUGCCCCUGGACCCUUCCUCUGUGGUGCAUCCUCUGCAGGCUCCCCCAAGGCAGCUGUUGCAAGGCAAGGACGGAUCCAGGGUAGAGCUCGGGGGUGGUGGGUUAGAUCCACCUCCAGUCCAAGCUAAAGAUGUCUUCAAGUUUCCCUGUAAGAUCCCACC